AUGGAGCGGACAAUUGUCAUCGUGGGGGGUGGAAUCAUCGGAUGCUCGACUGCCUACUACUUGACUAGACACCCUUCAUACGACCCUGCAAAGCACAGAAUCAUACUCCUUGAAGCCACACAAAUCGCUGGCGGGGCAUCAGGCAAGGCAGGCGGCCUCGUUGCGCUCUGGGCGUACCCGAGCAGUAUCGUCCCGCUUAGCUUCCGGCUCCAUGCCGAGCUAGCUAAAGAGCACAAUGGAAAGGAAAAAUGGGGAUACAGGAAGGUCCAUUGCGGGCAGCUGAUGGCGCAUGUGCUUCCAAAAAGGCCGGAUAGUACGAGUGGCUCGAGUGCAACUGGCGGCAAAGAAGCGGUUUCGUUGGAAAAACGAACGGAUGAUGCUAUAGGGUUAUUACGGGCGGCAGGUAUACCGGCGGAUCUUGACUGGUUUGAUCCGUUUACUCUGUCCGGGUAUGAAGAGAUGGGCGACCCGGGAACUACUGCUCAGGUUCAUCCUUAUCUGUUUACCACUUCGCUAGCGAAAUUGGCCGAAGAUAAAGGAGCGGAGAUAAAAUUGGGAUCUGUCACGGAGAUUGAGCAGCUGGAUAACGGAACAAGCUCCGUCAAAUAUACAAAUAAGGAGACCGGCGCGCCCGAGGCAAUAUCAGCCACGGACGUUAUCAUAUCCGCAGGGCCAUGGACCAAAGCAGUCUUUCCACGAGCGCCGAUCUCAGCCCUCCGUGCCCACAGCGUAGUUAUACGCCCUACACGAACCGUUUCGGCAUAUGCAGUGUUCACCAGCAUUGCGCUUCCCCCAGGAUCCAGCAAACACCGUCCAACGAUGGCAGCGCCCGAAAUCUAUGCAAGACCAGAUGAUACUGUGUACGCAUGCGGUGAAGGUGACAAGAUAGUCCCGCUUCCGGCGACGACGGCAGAUGUUGAAGUGGACGAUUCCAGAUGUCAAACAAUCAUUGACUCUGUCGGUGCUAUAUCCACUGAACUGCGGGAGGGUGAAGUGGUUGCCCGGCAGGCUUGCUAUCUGCCGAAUGUGUCAGUGAGAGGAGCAGGCCCACUGAUUGGGCCGACUGAUAUCAAAGGCGUCUACCUUGCGACGGGCCAUACUUGCUGGGGAAUCCAGAAUGCUCCAGGGACUGGAAAGUUGAUGAGUGAGAUCAUAUUUGAUGGAGAGGCCAAGAGUGCAAAAAUUUCGAGCUUAGACCCGCGUCAAGUGUUAUGA